UUAUACUAGGCUUUAUGAAUGUUUCUGUCACUGGAACUGAUGAAGUGUCUGUGUCAGUAACCCAUAAUGCCUAAAAUGGAUAUAAAACGUCGCAGCGACGCGUCUGCGAACUCAGACGCUCCGGCUAAAAAAGGGAACUUUACAGAGUUUAACGGGACUGAGUUUAAAGCCAUGCUGAAGGAGCCCACCACUGCAAUGAAAGGACUGGAGAAGUUCAUCUCCACCUCCAAGAGGCUCCCGCGCCCGGGGGUGUACGAUGUGGUGGAGGGUUACAUUAAAAUCUCUGUGGAGUGUGCAGAGAUCUUCAAACUGCUGGAGGGAGAGAAACAGGUGGAGAGGGAGAUGUUGCUGAUUUUUGAGAGUUUAGAGGCGAUUCUUCUGAGGACAGCCAGUGAUCUGUCACACUUCAGAGGAGUUGGCAGUGCAAUAGUGAAGAAGAUCGUCUCCAGCCACAUGAAGCUUCUGCAAACCUCUUUUCACGCAGAAAACCACAGGUUUGUCCGUCAGUGCCUCAGUCUGCUGUCUGCCCUGGUGUCCCAGGGUCCAGAAGCUGCCAGAGAGGUUUUCAGUCACCUUCACAUCAGUAGAACUUUGUCUGGACUGGCAAAGAGGAAGGACAAGAAGGGUCGACCUGAUGUCCGCCUGGCCUUCAUCCAGUUUGUGCUCUCCUUUCUGGUGGCAGGAGAUAAUGCUACAGUGGGACAAAUACUGGAAAGCAGAGAACUUCUGCCUGAGAUCUUGAGUACAGGCUUGAAGGAGGACAGGAUGUCUACUGUUAAUCUGAUCUUAUCUACUCUGAAAAGUCGGGUUGUACUAAACAAAGGCAUUAGUAAAACCCAGAAGGUGCGUUUCUUCACUCCUGCUGUUCUGGAUAACAUUGCAUCGCUGUACAAGUGGAACGGGAUCGUGGACGUGUCCACCGGCGACAGGGUGGAGGGCGACUCUCAGCUCAGUGGCAUUUCUGUAGUUCGGGACUUGACUCACAAUUUCCUCCUUGAACUGUGUUGCUCCCGUAAACACGGCAUCAGCUUUCACGACGCCAGCUUUGGCACAGCUGGCAGAGCUGGAAACAUUGUCUUGCUUCAGUUCCUGGUCGGGCUGAAACAGGCGACGGAGGACGAGCUGGUGGCCGAGCUGGUGGUGAACAUGCUGAAAGAAAGUCCCGACAUCCUGUCCCGAUACUUUAAGGAGACGCAGCAUUCGUACACGCCACGGCUCAAAAGUGCAUGGCAAGACAAUGUCAAGUUCCUGAAAAAGAUCUAUGAGGCCCAGCCAGACAUUUCCACCAUCUUUCAGGGCCGUGAGACGAUCCCUCUGCCUCGCCUGCUGUCCAUGAUCCUGGUGGUAUCUCUUCCUCCAGUCUGUAACAAAGCCUUCUUUUCACAUGCCGUCGGUCUUGCCAACACAGCAGCGCAGCUUACAACUCUAUCCAUGAUGACUUUCCUCUUGAAAAGAGCCAAUAAGAACAUCGAGUACCUUCUGGAUAAAUCUGUGUGGAACAGCUCGGACGUUUACCGGGUUGACAUGAUGGAGGAGCUGGCGCAGCAGUACAGGGAGACGCUCAGCAAGAUUCUGCCCGACAUGACGAGCAUCGUUUCAAAGUGGCAGUCGCUCAGCAAGAAGGAAAAAACUACCAGCGAAGAAAAAGGAGCCAAACCCGAGGCGGCGGCUGCGCAGAUCGAGCCUGGUGCAGAAACGGCAGAGGUCAUUUUACUGAAGGCUCUGAUCCUGCAGGUCAUCUGCCUGUACCAGAAAGUGGUGCCACACCUGGUCAGCCAGUGCAAGUUCGACUUCAGCAAACUCUUGAAAGGCAUCGUAUCUGAGAAAGGAAUGAGGGAGGAAGUUCCUCCCAUGUUGCAGCAGCAGAUACUGCAGUUGGCGUUGGAUCUUCCUGCCAGCAAGUUCUCCUGGUUCCGCAUACAGGGUGGGCCGGAACAAGAUCUGUUGUCUGGAGAGAAAUCCGUACUUUAUUUGCUCCUCAAGAUGUUUGUCAGCAGCAGCCACCUGAAAACCUCCACACAGAGGCUCGUUCUCAAGGUGCUGAAGGACUCGGGUGUGUUUGAGUACACCUGGACUGAACUGGAGCUGUGGCUCGAUCACCUCACCAGACUCCACUCAGACCAGCAGGAGACCAUUAUUCAGUUCUUGGAAAAGGUGUUGGUGAAGCUGGUGUGUAAUUCCCACACAUACACAGAUAAAGUUGCCAGCCUGGUCCAGGAAGCAGGUUUAGUUCAAGCUAACCUGAGUAACGCAGAGGGCGACGCUGCCAGUAUCGCAGUCUCACACAUCGACGAUGUCCUGGACAUGCUGGAUGUUAUCAUGGAGGGCAACGACGGCGAGAUGGAGGACUUCGGGCCGUCUCUGACUGAAGAUCUCAUCAUCCAGACCUUCCCCUUCAGUGUGCUGGUCCCUGCUGCUCUGGAGGCUCGAAACAAGCUGCCAGCAGAUAAAGGCGUGGUGCACGAAUACCUGUGCGCGGUGCUGUCAGAUGUGCUGCACUGUCAGAGAGACCCGCUCCCUCUCUGCCUGGCUCUCCUGCAGUACGACAAGGAGCUGGAAUCCUCCGAACUCUGCGCCUCUCCUCAUCCGUCUGUCGCCCGCCUCCAUCGCUACUACACCAAGUGGCUGCCGCAGCAGUGCCGCGAGCAGCUGUUCAAGUCUUCUGAAUGCCACUUGGAGGUGCAGACAGCUCCUUCCCAAUACACUGCGGUGAUGAAAGCUGCUUAUAUCCAGGGCCCGGGCAGCUUCCUUGAGGAAGGCUUCAGGAAAAAUGUAGAAGACGCCUUGACUUCCAUGUCAAUGGAAGAAUUUCCUGUUGCUAUAAAGCAGAUUUUACUCUACAUCAGAGCAACUGUGGAGAGCUUUGGCACGUUCCCUAAAGAUGUAGGCGCUUCAUAUCUGAGGACGUUAACGGAGAUGCUCCAGGAUUUGGUGACCAGACUUCAAGGCUUCCAGGAGAGCAAGGAAAGUGCUCCAGCAGCUGAAAGCUCUCCGGAGGAGUCGGACCUCUUUCUGGAAUGUAACCAGUCACCUGCUGGAGAAAACAAUAAAGAACAGGUCCUCGUUUCAGCUCUUGGCUCCAUCUUUAAGCACCCGUGUUUGGAGCAGUGGUUUCUGGCUCUGGAGCUGUCCUCCUUGCCCGCUCACUCCCUGAAGCCUGUGAGACUGAAGCGUCUGUGCGCUCAGAUGAGCGACAGCACCGUGGCCCUGCUGAAGAUCGGCGGCCCCACGCUGAGUGAGCUGGGCCGUCUGGACCUCGUGGGAAGCUACAUGGCGUCUUUGGAAAGAGCCGCUCUCGGCGAGCUGACAGAGAACAGCUCUCAACCCGCACAGACGCACUCCAGAACUUUCCAGGCGCUCCUGGCCCUUCACAGCUUCAUGGACCCCUGCAGUCUGAGGGAGGUGGUGUCGAAGCUGCUGCUUCUUCCCCAGCACAGCCUAAUAUCCUCCAGCAGGGAGGGGAAACAAUCAGAGCUCAGCAUUUACGGUCAGGCGGCCCUGCAGAUCCUCACCGAGUGCAAAUGGACUUCUUCCCAGGAGAACGACACGUUUCUAACACAGGCUCACCUCCACGGCCUGAGCACGCUGCUGCUGUCCUGCUCCAGCCCCGCCCUGGAGGCCUUCCUGCUCCAGACUCUGUCCAGCGAGCCGGCCAGCGCUCAGCUCGUCCACACAGACGUGCUGCUGCACUGUCUGCGUGCAGACGGCGCGGCCGUCAGCUCCCUGCUGCUGCAGCACAGCUCCACUCACCGCCUCCGCUUCGAAGAGUGGUGCUUAAAACCCGCACAUAUGGAGAAGAUAUCACAGGAGAAGGAGAACUUCCUCCCACUGAUUAAUACUUAUUUACAGGACGCCGGUAGAGACGACCCAGCCAGACCUAAAGAUGUGCAAGAAGAAGUCUUAAAGGCCUUGAAGAAAGCUCUGCUUGCUUCGUUGUCCCAGUGUGUUCUGGGAGAUCUGACCGGGGAAUCUGCAGCUCCGUUUGCAGGAGCUCUCUCAUCUCUGAUCAGACUGGCCUCGAAAGUGAAGGACAUCAAGGAUUUGAUCAGUAAUCUCCCCAGUGCUCUUCAAAACACUGACACUUUUGAAAGGUGGCAGUUAGUCGAUGUAAUCAAUGAGAAACUUGCCGAUUGUCCAGAAGAAUCUGAAAAAUGGAGGAAAUCUGUCGCCACAGCAGCGGUCAAGUGUCUCAUCGCCUCUUAUAGUCAGUCUAAAGAUCAGGCCUCGAGCCCGUCAGACCACGAGCACAGCAUCUUGAAAAGACUGCAGCAAAUACUUACGUCUGGAGACAUCUCUGCAUCUGAAUGGAACAGCUUCGUCAAAACUGGGCUGAAAUAUCGCUACCAUGAUGAGCAGUUCCUGAGCACGUUGAGGAGACUUUUGGACCGGAUGUACGCCGGCAGUGACGUUGAGAAGGAUCUGAUUCCUUUAUCCACUGUUCACAUGAUGACCAGCAGCCACUCGCUGUUCCUGCCCACCAUGCUGGACGCCGCCGCCGACUCAGCCAAGAGUCAAGCUAAAGAAGAGUUGGUCUCCCUUCUUCUCUCUCUGGUGAAGAAAUGCCCCGCCGUCUGCAACAUGAAUCACUUUGUUAUACUCCUGGGAGCUUACGGAGCUUCGCUGUCUGCUGCAGAUCAGAAACUCUUACUGCUUCUUCAGGAAUAUGAAAGAAACCAAGUCAGCCUGCUGAAAUAUCAAUCCUUCAUGUGGGGCCCAGCAGCCGUGGAGCACCACAAGACCAGGAAGAGCCUGGGAGCGUCUCUGUGGAAGCAGGCCAGCUCGGACGACGUGUUAGCCCUGCUGAAAACCGACCGGAUGCUGCAGACUAUCCAAAACUUUCCACAGCAACGUAGAAUCUUCCCACAGGACGAAGCAGAGCUGCUGUACAGAAACGAUGCAGUGAAGGAUCCUGGGACUCUGUAUGAUCCCUGCUUCCUUCUGCCUCUCUUCAGCGUCAUACUGCAGCCAGAAUGCGUCGUCGACUGCCUGAAGUUCGUGUCCAGCCACGCCCUCGGAGCGACCGUAGCUGCUCUCAGCAGCUACGACCCAAAAGUGAGAGCGGCGGCGUACCAUGUGCUGGGCUGCUUCUACCACCACCUGGAGGGCGCUCGCUUCAGGGAGAAGAGACAGCUGCUGUAUUUGAUGGACAUGGUGAAGAAUGGCGUUCGACAGCAGAAUCAGAGGCUCCCAUUUGUUCUGACCACGUACGUCGCCAAAGUGGCUCAGCUGAUGCUCAAACCUGAGGACCACAUGUACGUGGUGUUGAACAGGUUUCUGCUGUCCCAUCAGAGUCUGGACUUCAGAAGAGUCCCAGAGUUCUUCAAGUUGUUCUAUGGCUUCGAUUUGGAGCACAAAAUGGCACGUGAGUGGAUCCUGGGCGUGCUGGAGGAGGGGAUAAGCGAUGGACACUGCUACGGGCUGUGCAGCCAACAAGGCAUCUUUCAGGUGCUUCUGGGCUUCAGCAGCAGCCCCCUCUGCGACGAACACUUUCAGGCACAAAUCAUUAAAGUGCUGCAGAAAGCUGCCCGUGUGACCAAAGCAGCCUAUAACUUAAUUCGGCGCUCAAGUCUCCUCACCUGGAUGAUUCAGGUGGUCGAAAAAAGGAAUGUGGACCGGCAGCUGCUCGGUGCCGUCAUCCAGCUGCUGCAUGUCCUGUGGUUCACGGUCCUCAGCCAGAAGGAGAAGCAAGCAGACAGAGAGAAGUCCUCCUCAUCCAGUGAGGAGAACGCUCCCAGCUCAGUUAAAUGUCUCUCACUUCCUUUCAUCACCGAGUUCCUGAGUGUGGCAUCAGCCAUCUGCAGACAGCUGAGGUCGGGUGUGAAGGCCGCCGACCUCCUCCUGCUUCUGCAGACCGUCAGCUCGGUGCUGAAGCACCGGGAGACGGCGCUCAGCGUGAACCGGCAGGCCGAGCGGCUCAGCCUGGCCCCACAGCCGCUGUCCUGCACCGACACGCUGUCCCUGCUGCUCUGCUGGGCGCAGGCGUCCCGCUGCACGGCGCUCCUCGCACACAUACAGGCCCUGUCCGAAAAGCACAAGCUGAAGGAGCUGACGGGGACGGGGAAGGACAAGUUCCGAGGCCGAGGCUCGGGAUCUCGCACAGCGAAGGAGAUCCUGGCAGAAGACUCUGAGAUGGAGAAGCAGGAGCAGAGCGCCCUGGCGGACUGUAAACUCCUCCUGGGCGGGAUCUUCGCUCACUGGGAGCCGGUGAUCCUCCUCUCUGAGCAGAGAGACCAGCUGGUUCCCAGUCAGCUGGCCUGUGAUACGGCACACCUGCUCACCAAGUGGUCCCUCAGGUGCCUGGUGGAGCAGACGUACGAUGAGAGCAGAGCGAAGGAAUUCCUGCACUGGGUGCAGAAGUCAGUGCUGAAACAUGGAGAGAUCCUGGACGCCGUGUGGCUCGAUCCGGGCUGGAAGGCGGACCUCCUUCGGCUCUACCAUCGGGUCCUCCAAGCUCAGAGUCCCAGCAGCAUUUCAGCUGGAGCAGAGACUCUGCAGAUUUUCACCGACAUUAUGAUCUGCUUCCUGGAGACUCGAGGCGGCCUUCCUGAGCUUCAUCGUGUCGUCGUGUCAGCCGCACAGCAGCAGUCCACACGAGACGCGGGCUUGUUCCUCUUGUCUUUGUACAUCCAUGAGAUGUGGAGCGAAGCCUCGUCACCAGAAAUGUUCCUGUCUCACAUCGGUUUGGUGACCAGAAUCAAGACCAAAGGGCAGAAAUCCUCCCUGGCAGCUGUCAGAGCAAUCUGCAGUGAUAUCAAACAGAAGAUUUAAAUCUCAUACUGAACAUUCACUCAGGUUUUGCUACACUGGUGUUAAAUUUUGUAAACCUUUGUAAAAACCCUCUUUUGAAAUUGUUUUUUUUUUGCACAUUGUGUGAAAGAUUUUUUUCAUACGAUCACACGAUUUUUUUUAAUAAACGUCUACAUUUGUAAUUGCAAACAUGAAG